UGGAUAGAUGGAUCUUUUCUUUGUUGAUAGAUUUCCUAUUGGGAAGCUUGUUCGGUAACUGCGUCAUCGAUCUCUAGCCCCGAUCUACCACUCCGCAGAUCGAAAAUAUCCAUGUUUGAGUUUCAGCAUUCUCUCGGACACGGUCGUGCUAUCACAUCUGAACAGGUCAGCACCUCUUAAUGCAAUUACCCAUCAAGUUCGCAUGUCGCAUCCGCAAGCAUCUUUGUAUAAAGCAACCACGUAGACUUGAUAUCACGUACGCGCCACACCAACCGCUGUAUAAGCUUGCCUCUCGUUUAUUGCAUUCCAGCAAGGCCACAAUGGCACCGAAACGCAAAGCGAACGCCUCAAUUGGCUACUCCGAUGCUGCUGGCGAGAGCUCAAAUAAACGCUCGAAGAACUCGCAACCUGCACCCAAGGCUUUCACCAAUGGCCACGAACGGAGUCCUGGUACAGGCAAUGCGGAGGGCUCUAAAUUCGACCACACGCGUCCGGAAGAGCGCUCCGGUAUUGUUCAGCGCAAAUACUACCCGGCCGAAAUGUCAAAUGAGCGAUGCGCGCAGUACAACAACAAUGAGAUCCCUCGACCGAUCGCACUCCUUGAAAACGCCAUCAAAGAUACAAAGGCAGAGCGGGAUAAAAUUGCUGUUGGCAGGAGUGUGAUACAUUGGUAUAAGCGGGACUUGAGAACAAAGGACAACAAGGGACUGAGCUUGGCUGCGGCGAAAGCACGCGAGGCUAAAGUGCCCCUGAUAUGUAUGUUUGUGGUCAGUCCGCAGGACUACGAGGCACAUUUCACAGGGUCAGCUAGGGUAGACUUUGAGUUAAGGACACUGAAGGUGCUGCAGAAAGAUUUAGCAGAGUUAGACGUGCCAUUAUAUGUGGAGACGGUAGAAAAGAGGAAAGACGCGCCGAAGAGGAUUCUCGAAUUAGCAGAUGAAUGGGGCGCGAAACACUUAUUUUGCAAUAUUGAAUAUGAGGUUGAUGAGCUGCGGCGAGAGACCAUGCUCAUCCGGCGAGGUCUCGAAAAGGGCAUUGCUGUGUGUCCUGUACAUGACGAUGUCAUCGUCGCGCCCGGUAGUCUUCAAACAGGAACAGGUAAGCAGUACGCGGUAUACACUCCAUGGUACCGUUCCUGGGUCGCUCACAUCCACGCGCAUCCCGAACUUCUUGAUGAACAUCCAAGGCCGUCAUCAAACCCUCCCUCAGCGCGCAAGAAGUUUCCCAAGCUCUUCGACGUGCCAAUUCCAGACGCGCCAGCGAACAAACGGCUCGAACCGAACGAUCAGAAACGCUUCGAGCACCUCUGGCCCGCUGGGGAACAUGAGGCGCUGGACCGCCUACAGCGUUUCCUCGCUGAGAAAAUAAGAAAUUACAAGGAUGCGCGUAAUAUUCCGUCUGCGAAUGGCACGGCGGUCGUCAGCGUGCACCAUAGCGUGGGAACACUUGCUGCACGGACGAGCGUACGGGCUGCGCGCGAUGCAAAUAGCAGCAAGAAGCUCGAUGGAGGGAGUGAAGGUGCAAAAACAUGGAUAUCGGAGGUAGCAUGGCGCGACUUCUACAAGCAUGUGCUGGCCCAUUGGCCAUAUAUCUGCAUGUUCAAGCCAUUCAAAUAUGAGUAUACGAAUGUGGAGUGGGAGUAUAACGAUAAACAUUUCAAGGCAUGGACUGAGGGUAAAACGGGAUACCCACUGGUGGAUGCAGCAAUGCGUCAGAUGAAGACCACUGGCUACAUGCAUAACCGCUGCCGAAUGGUCGUCGCAUCCUUCCUAGCCAAAGAUUUACUGCUUGACUGGCGACUAGGCGAAAAGCAUUUCAUGCUUGGUUUGGUAGACGCAGACUUUGCGUCUAAUAACGGCGGCUGGGGCUUUUCAGCGUCGACAGGUGUGGACCCUCAACCAUACUUCCGCAUAUUUAAUCCGAUUACACAGAGCGAGAAGUUUGAUCCUGAAGGUGAUUAUAUUCGAAAGUGGGUCGAGGAGCUCAAGCACGUUAAAGGGAAGGCGAUCCAUGAUCCAUAUGGCAGAGGAGCGGCGGAUACGGCAAGGAAGGGUGGAUACCCGAAGAUGAUUGUGGACCAUGCAACAUGUCGGAAACGGGCGCUUGAUAGGUACAAGGCGGGUACAGGGCGAGAGACAGCGUAGGUGAGCAUUCUCGUAACCUUUUCUCGCGGGAUGCAAUCUUUUUUGUGUGCCUUCAACGCGAUUCAAUGCCAUUCAAUGCCACAGUA